AUGUUAGGAAUAGAUGGCGAAUUUUAUGACAUAUUUGAAGAUGAAAAAAAUUUUCAGACUGCAUGUAAUACGUAAAAACCUAUCACCUAUUUAAUUAUAGUUCUUUUAAUUAUAUUUUUAAAAAUGUAAAUUUGCAGAAAUAUUCACAAUUUAGUUAUAAAUCUUUACUAUUGAAUAUACUGGAUAUUGAAUGUUUUAGCGAUUAAUACUUAUUUCUUAUAAUUAUAAUUUAGUCAUAAUUAUUCAUUUCAAAUUUUAAAUUCGGUCUUUCACAUGAAAAAAACCGAAAGAGAGUUUCCCAAAUUCGUGCCUUUAAAAGCAAAAGCACUUUGGGAAAUAUUUUUCGCCACAAUUGUGGAUGUUUCACAUUCCAUUGAUCCUGGCUCUGAGCCUAGUCUCAGGCACACCGCUCAACCUGAUUCCGUACGCGUACUUGUCCAACCCAAUCCCGGUGUUCAACCAGUUCCAAGACACGAGGACAGGCGUGCAUGCUUACAGCUACGCUGGUGGACCAUCCGCGAAAGAGGAAGUCAAAGACGCCGACGGUGUUCUCCGAGGAUCCUACAGCUACGUGGACGCCAAUGGGAUUCUUCAAUCAGCGUUCUACGUCGCUGAUGAGAACGGAUUCCGCGUGGCCGCAACAAAUAUCCCUUCGGACGAGAAUUCGAACAACGAACUACCUCACAUCAUCCUCGCCAGGAGCGCGGACAAAGCAUCCAGCCGCAGAAGACGUAGCUUAGAAGACAGCAGUCUCAAUUCUAAUCAGAAUGAAAAAUCCGGGAGCCUUCAGAAGGCCGGAGAACAAGGUUCAUCGCAGACUCUGUUACAACCUCUGUUACUGUCCAGUAGCGUUCCGUUGGCGACCUCGCAUCAGAGCCAAGUUCAAGUGCACAACAACGCGCGUCUCGACGUAACGGAGGGCGAGGCCAAGGCGAAACCGGUCGAUCUGCAGCCGAUCCUGCCAGUGCAAACCAUAUUGGGAGACUUGCCGGUGCUGGCUCGAGCGCCCACUUAUCACGAGAACCGCAUAGAGUUGCACAAGCAGUUGGGAAUCGAGGGACCAGAGUUGAAAAACGCGGUUAAGAUAGAUCCAGCGCCAUUGACCGUCGUUCGGUCUUCUCCAGCGGUUAUUCCUCUUGGUUCUGCUAUCAUCUCUGGCGAGUCUCUCCCCGUCGUGCCUGUGCUCGCCAAGGAAGCUGUACCCAUCAUCCCGACUGCUCAAAUUGGCACCGCGUCCGUAACCACGUCCAUUUCCAGCCACGGUGUCAGCCAGAUUCACGGACUCACUAAGCAGGCUAAAGAGGCCGAAGUUCUUUCUGCUGUCCCAAAUAACAUUGCUAAAGAAGAAAGUACAGCCGUGGAAAAUAAAGACGAAGCACUUGUCACUGCCGGUAUCGUCAGGGAAGUACCGAUUGCCAAGGAAGCAAAUUUGGUUCCAGUCGUGCCAGUCGCUAAGGAAGCCAACUUGGCUGCAACCACGGUCACUACAUCCAUCUCCAGUCAUGGGAUCAGUCAAAUUCAUGGGGAUUCGAAGGUGAACAUCGAACCAACGUGGCUAAUCAAGAGCGCACCUAUUGCCCAGCUUCAUCCUGUCGUCGGCGUACCGAUUUAUCUUCAUUAG